AGGAACUAUAGGUGUGAUAAUCAUUAUAUACAUUGAUAGAACCACGACACGAAAUUAUUAUUUAUCGUAGUUAAAUUUAAAAUCCGUACUGCAAUAUGAUGAAAAAUACUCUAUUUUUGUGGGCUGUUUUAUGUUUUGUACACGAAACCGUAGGGAUCAAAAGGUUUUUGUUUGACAACAGCUGUGAAGAGGGAGAACGACGUUGGGAAAAAUGCUACGGGUGUAUCUGUAAGCAUGAACAACAUUUAGAGUGUUUAGAUUGCCAUAGAUGUAAAGGUCUGAGCUGUAAUGAUCAAACAGAAGCACCAAAGACUCAUGCUCCUCAUAUAACUCAUGCGCCACAUGCAACUCAUGCACCACAUAAAACUCAUGCACCAGUUGUUACCCAUGCACCACAUACCAGUACAUGCGACAUCGUUGCUGUUUUUGAUGCCGUUGCAAGAAAUCAAUUUGUCAAUAACUCACGAGCUGCACAAUGUCCUAACGAUGGUCGCCAUGAUAACGAUGCUUUAGUUAUGACACUUUGCAACGCCCCUGUGAGUUCUAAAUGGGUUGAAGGCGAACAGGUACUUUUAAGGAAUGGGACGUGCUCAAAAUUAGCUAAACCAUACACACCAGUAUUUUAUCAUCCACGACGAAAUGUAAGACAAGCAGGCAUACUUAUAUCAUGUGAUGGAAAUGAGAUCAGGGUUUUCCAUCAAGAAUGCGAUACUACUCCAGAAGUUAGGCAUGUUGAAGCAGAACCACUCGAUAAAAUAUAUAUAUUAACAUGGACUUGAUUAAAGACAAAUUCAAAGUGUAGUUUUUCAUUAUCUAAGAACUUGAAAAAUAUCUAGAUAUAAAGCAUGGGAGAUCUUUCAGCAUAGUCAACAGUUUUGUUUCUCCUGCAACGCAA